AUGUGUAUGUUGAGUAAGCCUCCUCCGGACCGGCGGCGCCCGCUCCCGCGUUCUAGCGGCGCCGCCAGCAACUACCACCACCGCCGCGGGCUCCGCGCUCAGCUGUCUCGCCGCCCGUCGCCGGUCGAAGUCAGUUGCAUCGGCUAUGGCUCCUCUCGCACAGCCCUCGGCGCUACUCCGGUCACGCACUUGAACACCCUCAUCUACCCGCACGCACACGGCUUCGCGAUGUCCUGCGGCACGCUGCUGCUGUUCACAACGCUGCUGGCGGUCGCCGCGGCCGUGUUCACGACCCCGGAAACGCCGCUGACCGGAAAAGGGUUUUCACGUGUGAUGGACACAGGCCUGCCAGAAGCAAGAUUUGUCUGGGGUGUGUUUAAGGGAGAUGUUUAA